GCCUGGGACCAUGGCCACGGGUUCCUGCACCAAGCAUGCGCGGAAGUAGGCGUGCCGCGGCCCGGCACGCGCAGGCGCACAGGGCUGCCCGGGCUGCUGGUUCCUCUCCGAUUCCCGGCUUCUGUCACCUUCUUCUCGGACCCUGGUCACGGCCGCAGGGGCAUGGAGGACGCUGGCGGCGGCGAGGAGACCCCGGCCCCGGAGGCCCCGCACCCCCCUCAGCUCGCGCCUCCGGAGGAGCAGGGGUUGCUGUUCCACGAGGAAACCAUCGAUCUCGGCGGAGAUGAGUUUGGAUCCGAAGAGAACGAGACGGCGUCGGAAGGCUCGAGUCCUCUCGCGGACAAGCUGAACGAGCACAUGAUGGAGAGCGUCCUCAUCUCCGACUCCCCCAACAACAGCGAGGGCGACGCGGGCGACCUGGGCCGAGCGCGGGAAGAAGCUGAGCCCGGAGGGGAAGGCGACCCGCGC